AUGGACUUCAGCCCCAUAGGAGCGAUUCCAUUGCCGAUCGCUCGAGUCGAAUCGCCGCCGAUGGCCGAUCAAGCGGCUGCGAUCGAGAUGCUCGCUGGUCUUUAUCAGCGGAUCGAGUUUGAGCAAAACUGCGUCGAUCGCUACGUUGAUCUGGAGCAAGCGUUGAGGGAACAGACUCGUCGAGGUGAUCGGCUGGAGUAA